AUGGCCAUCAGCACCCGAUCAUUUUUAGAUCUACCCAAUGAGGAUUUGUGGAAAUUACUUGCGGAAAAGGGAUAUGAACAGUUGCUUAUUCCAUUUGGAAAAGCUUUGGCAUGGUCAUACGCUAAGGGCGAAAGAGGAUUGGAAGCUAUUCGUCUCCUCCAAAAUAUCUGGGACCAGGACGAGCCUUUUCUUUUAAAGGAACCAGAGGAUACUUGGUUAGGACGUCCUUUAACUCUUCUACCAAUUAAAAGGCUUUUAGAUCAGCUUUAUCCAAUGGAUGACAGCCACUCCCCUACCACUACAGAACUGCAGGAGUUUCACGAAGUUCCAUUCACCAAAAUCCGCCCAGGAGAAAUCGAAUGGAACGUUAGCAUAAGCCAGGUGGAUAAAUCCCAGCAAACCCAACUUUUGGAAAAUGGGAUCCUAUUUGAAAGAGACUUUAUAAUGAUCAAGUUCAGCCCCAUGAUGCCAACACUUGAAUCUGCACCGCCGUCUCCGACGCCAUUGCCCACUAUGCCCGUCCACUACAUCCGUCCAAACACCACCAGUGACAGAGCCUUGGUUGAAAGUCUGGAUGACGAGCUUCGACACUAUACUUGGUGGAGCACCGAGAUCCGCCGUUGUUAA